AACCAAAAAAUUAUUUGACUUGAAGUCAUGACUUGACUGUGAACCUGACUUUAGGAACCAGCCUGUUGUUGUGGUUCGUGACUUGAGCUGUAGGAUGAGCUGGUUUUUUCUGAGGAACUACUGGGCCGUUGAUCAAGAAGAAUUUUAUGACGCUGCAGAUGAGACAUCUUCUUCAUCGUCAUGCCACCACAGCAACUCACCAAAGAGUAUUACAUUUUCUGAAAUUGAGGAGGAAGAGAGGAGGCUCUUACAGCUUAAAAAGAGAGCAGAGGAGAGACGCAAGAGAGAAGAUGAGGAGCUGGAACGCCGGCUGCUACAGCUCCAACAGCAGAAGCGUGCUGAAGCUAGCAACAAGGAACAAGACCUGCAUCACCUGGAGCAUGAGGGCAGGAUAAGAAAGCUGGAAGAGAUGCGCCAGUCUCUGGGUGCCGACCAAUCUUUUUUUUCCACAUCCAACGACUCCUCACUAGACAAGGACUCGCCCAACACUUCAACAGACAUUCCUGACCUUUUUGCCUUAUCUGGGGCACGCCCCGCCUCAGCCCCAAAGUCACGGACCAUUGAAAAAAUGGAGAACAAUGGCGCCACAACACAGACAAAUCGCCAGCAUGCUAAAAAACGUUCUGGUUCCUGGGGGGACCUGCCCAAAAAUGACUCUGUCUUGACCAUAGCUAGUGGGGCGGAGGCGAGGUACCCCUCGGGGAACAACCCGACUGACUUUAACAUCAGAGUAGACAAACCUGGUAGCCAGGGGGACAUUUCUUCACCAGAGGGUCACCAGUCAGGGAGUGACACGUCACUACCUAGUGCGGAGGCCUCAGGUGGUUUGGUCUCAGUUCAAAGGUCAAGUUCCCUGCGGCAGAGUAAAGACGAGAAGUUGAUAGACAUGGACCAGAACAUGGAGAGAUAUCACCCAGAGAAAGAAAAACAAAACAAAAGCCUGACCCUCCUCAUCAGUGGCAGCAAGCUGGGCAGCGUGGACAUGGGCACGGACAGCGUGGUGGACACAAUCCUUCAACAGACACAGGUCCAGCAGGACUCGGAGCCAGACAUUGUGAAGAGCACCAAGUCCAGGACACCCCCAUUUGUCAAGCCCCCGGUAGCCCCUCCCCGGAAGAAGAAGGUCAAAAGUCAGUCCCAAUCAUCUCCACACGACAUGACACCUGCGACUGACAGUACAGAGUCAGGGCGAGCCCCGCGUCUCCUGCCCUCCCCCUUGUUCCUCAGAGGGGAGCCACUGCAGUCCAGGCUUGAGCCAAAGGGGAGAGAAAACUCUCUGGACGUCAAGUCAGCUCUGGAAGGGAGCCGACACAUUUACACCUAUGAUCUGGACGAGUGCGGCACUGGCAGGGAGAGCACCAGACCUCUGCACUACGACGCCAACAUUUACUCCGGCAGCUCUGGCAGCCCCAGGGUCAGUCCCCGAAGCCAAGCCUUCAGCGGCACCGAGACUUUGGAUGAUAACAUGGAUUCCUUGUCUGUGCAGAUCCAGCACUGGCAGAGCCUGGGGGAUGGGGGCAGAGAGGCCAGUCCUAACCGCAGACCACGCUCCAGUUCUGGGCGACCCCUAACAGACGAGGAAAUCCUGGAACUGGUCACCUUGAGAAACCUGGACACAGGGGAGACCAUCCCACUGAGCACGGCAGAGGACAAGCUGCCCAAGUGUGUCAACCCUUUGGCCCUGCACAUCAUGCGGCGCACUAAAGAGUACAGCAGUGAUACAAGCUUACAUGUGGAUGGGCUGAGUGAUGAAUCAGAUUCUAGGUCAGAGAAAAGUGCAGCGUCAUCAAGUAAUACAGUCAGGAGGAAAGGGAUGAGGAUCAAAAAGUUUUUUGGGAAAACUGUGAACAAGGUCAAAUCUGUGGCAGACUCAGCACUUCAAGGAGAUCCACCAUUGGAGGAAGAGGUUUCUGUUGACGGGAAAGUUUUUAAGAUCAAGUCAUCCAGCAAGAACAAAGGGCCUUAUGACUUCUCCCAGCCUAGCAUACUUCAGGAGAUGAGCGGGGAACACACUGGAGCCAUUUGGACAAUGAAAUUUUCCCCUUGUGGGAAGCUGCUGGCCACUGGUGGUCAAGAUAGUGUCUUAAGGAUUUGGGUCCUCAAAUCUACUUAUACUUACUUUGAAGAUUUCAGGCAAAAAUAUUCAGAUGUUCGACUUUCACCAGCGGUGUCACAUGACAGCUUAAACUCCGCCUCCUCAUCAGAUCUGUCUGCCGCUGCUAUGGAUCCUCUGAAGGAACUAAACAAGCAAACAGAAGAUGAUGAAGUCAACGCUCCUUUCCACAGAAAACCAUUUUGUGUUUACAAAGGUCACACAGCUGACCUCCUGGACAUCUCUUGGUCAAAGAACUACUUUAUCCUGUCCUCGUCCAUGGACAAGACAGUCAGGCUGUGGCACAUCUCUCGCAGGGAGUGUCUGUGCACCUUCCAGCACAUCGACUUCGUCACCGCCAUUGUUUUUCAUCCCAAGGAUGACCGCUACUUUUUGAGUGGUUCCCUGGACGGCAAGCUGCGACUGUGGAACAUCCCAGACAAGAAGGUCACUCUGUGGAACGAACUCUCCGGCAACUCCAAUUUGAUAACGACGGCAAAUUUUUGCUACAACGGCAGAUUGGCGGUGGUUGGCACCUACGACGGGAAAUGUAUUUUCUACACUACAGAGCAAUUGAAAUACUACACCAUGGUCAAUGUGAGGUCAUCCAGAGGGAAGAACUCAAAGGGAAGAAAAAUAACUGGUAUAGAGAGUAUGCCAGGUGAAGAAAAGAUCUUGAUAACAUCAAAUGACUCAAGAAUCAGACUUUACAACUUAAGAGACCUGACUUUAUCCUGCAAGUAUAAGGGAUGUAUGAACAACAGCAGUCAAAUCAGGGCCAGUUUCAGCCCAACUGGCAAGUAUGUUAUUUGUGGCUCAGAAGACCAUUUCCUGUAUGUCUGGAAAACCAACCACGAGUUCAUCAAGUUCACAUCAGCCAGGCGAGACCGGAAUGAUUACUGGGAGGCAAUCAAAGUCCACAAUGCUGUAGUGACCUCAGCCGUCUUUGCUCCGAACCCGUCUUUCAUCUUUCGUAUGGCGGAGCAGCAGAACCUGGAGCUGAAGGGUCAGCCCAUGUCAGUGGACGAUGACACGGAGGAGAGGGAGAUCAUCGUGUCCGCAGACUUCACAGGGGCCAUGAAGGUGAUCACCAACAGACCCAACAGUCGCAGCAUGUUCUUCUGAAGCCUUGCCCUGUGAUAUUUUUAUCUAGUCUCAAGUAGCGCUAGACUCUUGCGGAACUCACACAUUUUUAGGGGUUAAAACUUCAUCUAAAAGAUUGAUCUACGUAGAAAUAGCUAGUUAAUAUGUGUUAUCUUUUAUUUAACAAAGAAGUUAUUUUUUUUAUUUGUGCCAUUGUAAUCAUGUUCCUGCUUUUUGUCUAACCACCCUUUUGUUGUCACAUUAUCUACUUCAACAAGAAUAUAGAACAAAGAUAGAACAUAGAACAAAAAUAGAACAUAGAUAGUAGAUCAAAGAAAAACAACUAGCACUUAUAUUCAAGCCAGAUAUUCAAUGUUCUCAUUUCAUUGUAAAAUUUAUUCAUAGCUUUGGCCUAUCAUUCAAUGUUGUGUUUCAUUUAAGUCUGCCGUUCAAUUACAAAAUGUAUGAACUGUUGACUCCAUUUUUGUUGAAUAUCAUUAGGUUAUAAAAUAUAUAAUGUAUUAGCAAAUUUUUUUCAAACCAAAAAGCAAUACAAUUGGCAAAUACUUAAGGCCUUUGACAUGCAAAGACAACAUAUUUCAUUAUGUUUAAUGAUUCAGUAUGUUGAAGCAGUCCAUGUUCAUCAAGAACACUCUAACAAUAAUUUUUCUGUGUUUGAAAGUUUGAUGGUGGUUCAAAAUUCUUUAAAAUUUUGUGUAAAUCUAUGGUUGCAAGUGUUGUGAAAAUCUGGCAACUUUUGUAUAAAUCUAUGGU